CAGACUAAGGAAGAGAAAAAGAACAUUGGAACAUUAGGGGAUAAAAAACUCUGUUAUAGAACAGUUGGAGAUGUUUAGCUAGAAAUAAGAGAAACCCCAAUCAACAGUGGCUUAACCAAUUAAAAAGUUGAUUUUUCUCAUGUCACAAGAAGUUUGGAGGUUAGAGGCUGCUAGCAUUGCUUCCCCGACUCAGUAACAUAGAAUUUAGGUCUGUCUGAUUUUCCUUGCCUUUCCUCAUGGCACAGAUGGCUGCUAUAGCAGGCUGCUCAAGGCAGGAGGAGAGGAAAAAGGAAGGAAGGUGCAAGCCGCAUCUUUUCCUUUUGUGCAAAAAGCAAAAAUGUUCCUGGAAGCCCUCUGUAGACCUUUGCUCACAUCCUUUUGUCACAUGGCCACCUCUAGCUGGGGAAAGUAGGCUGGGCAAGUGGCCGUUUGGCUUUUCCACCCCAUACAGAGCAUGUUGGCAAGGGAGAAUGGGUUUGGGAAUGGAUGUUGCAUUGAUAUCUUGCCACAAGGAGCCUUGAUAAUUCCUCUCCAGCUUUCUUUUUGGAUUGCUGGUUUUCUCUCCUUCUUCUUCCCUUUGAGAGUUUAUCAGUUUCUCAUAUUCUUUCAGUUACAGAUUGACAAUUCCAAAUUUCGUAUUUAAAAAAUAAAAAAGAUUAUUAAGUUUGGUACUGUGCUGAGCCCUUUAUAUAUAUAAUUUCAUUUAAUAGGUAAAAUAAUUCUGUGAUAGAGGUAUUCUUAUGCCUAACUUUUAUAGAUGAGGAGAUGGAUGGUCAGAGAAAUAACUCUGACAAGAUCAUCCGGCUAGUACAUGGCAGAACUGGAUUUCAUAUGACAUCUUCCUGAAUUUAAAACCCUUAUUAUUUUCUCUUCACUGCGAUGCUUCCAGCUUUUGUCUGUUUGCCUUUAGGACUGCCCUUCACCCUCUGAAGCUUGGGCCUAGCACCCUUGUUAGUGGGAUCAUCUUUCUGCCUGCUCCGGAGAGCAGGCUGUGUUUAUCACAAACUCAGGAUUUUUUUGUUGAAAGAUGUCUUCCUCAGGUGUUCCUAUCCUUUCCAUUUUGACCCUUUAGCACUUACACUUUAUAUUAAACCUAUUCAUGUGUUGCUCUAUAGUUGUAUUCUGGUUUUAUGCAUAUUGUCUUUUCCUCUUCCAGAUGAUGCGUUCUGUGUCACAGAAAUGCUGCACUGAACUUUUGGCUGUUGAGGGAUUAUUGGAUUCCUCCCAUCAUGAGACAUCAAAAUUCACAAGUCCUUCAGAUAUUCCAGUAGAAUUUAUAAGAAGGAAUGUUAAACUACGAGGACGACUACGCCGAAUAACCGAGAAUGGUUUAGAGAUUGAACAUAUUCCCAUUACUUUACCUAUUAUAUCUUCAUGGAGAAAAGAGCCGUGUGGUGCUUUGCUGGUUAAGUUGGCUGGAGUAGAACUCACUGAAACUGGGAAGGUGUGGUUACAAAAAGAGCUAAAACCUUCCCAAGUAGUAUGGUUCCAACUUCUUGGAAAGGAGAAUUCAGCACUCUUUUGCUACCUUUUAGUGAAUAAGGGUAGAUAUUUUAGUGUGAGUCUGAAUGAAGAAAUUUUGAGAAGAGGCCUUGGCAAAACUGUUCUCGUUAAAGGGCUAAAUUAUGAUUCUAAAAUCUAUUGGAGAAUUCACAGAAACUUACUUAAAGCUGAAUUAAUAGCCUUAAAAAAAGGAGAAGGAAUAUGGAAGGAAGAAUCUGAAAAAGAAAGUUAUUUGGAAAAAUUCAAAGGCUCCUGGAGAGAAAUAUGGAAAAAAGACAGUUAUUUAAAAAAAAUUGGAUCAGAUUUCAACUUGAAAAAAGAAAGUUAUUAUGACAAAUUUAGAAGGACUUAUGAAACAUGGAAAGAAAACAUGAAUAACUACUCCUUAAUACUGAAGUUCAGAGAACUUCUGAGUCGCAUACACUUUCGUAGAAAAGGAUGAAAUAUUCCAAGAGAUCUGGAGGUGACUUACUCCCAAAAGAAUAAAAUAUAAUGGAUAAAUAUAAUGAAUAUUUUUCAUUGAGUUGAAAUGGGAAAUUUCCCCAAAUGAUUCUAAUGUAUUUAAAUAUUUAAGAGAUGAUUCUUAUAAAUGUAAUAUCAGAAUAAUUUAAAUAAAUUGUGAUUAAUGUAAUAUCCUUUUAGGAAAAAUGAAACGCUCUGUAAAAAGUUAUCAGGUUGAGGGCGAUAUACAUGUAGUGAUAAUAUAUGAAGAGAGAGUUUAACUAUUGGCCAUUGUAUUAUUUUAGUCAUUUUGGGCAGCCGUAUUUAACUUUUGUUUAAAGAGAGUAUUUGUUUACUUUUGAUUACUUAUAAUAAAGGGACUCUUUAUGCAUCA